GAAGCCAGUUGGAAUCCCCUCUUCGGCCUGCUUCUCUGCCAUGGAGCUGUAUGCGACAGAAACAAGGGAGCUAGAUAAGUUCAUUUCUGGAAAUCUCCAGCCCAAUGAGGACUUCCUGGGCCAGGUGCGCCGGGCCAUCAACAUCAUCUGCGAGUUCCUGCGGGAGAACUGCUUCAAAGAUGCAGCCCCGCCCCGGCCCCGGGUGCUGAAGGUGAUCAAGGGAGGCUCAUCAGGGAAAGGCACGGCUCUAAGAGGGGGCUCAGAUGCUGAUCUUGUGGUGUUUCUCGACAUCUUCAAAGAUUACACAGAUCAGGACAAAAAACGGUCGGAGAUCAUCCGGGAGAUUGGGAAGAGACUCAAAGAAGUCCAGGAAGAGAACAGGGAGCAUUUUGAUGUAACUCUUGAGCCAUCCAACGAUCUCAGGGAUUCGAUUGAGUUUGAUGUGUUGCCAGCCUUUGAUGCUCUUGGGCAGUACAAAAAAGGCUCCAAGCCUGAUCCUCAGAUAUACAUUAAAUUGAUCAAGAGCAAGUGCCGAGGUGGAGAGUUCUCCACUUGCUUCACGGAGCUGCAGAGGGAAUUCAUCAUCACCCGUCCCCCCAAACUGAAGAGCCUCAUUCGCCUGCUGAAGCACUGGUACAAAAAGGUAUAGCAACUUGACAAGACUUCCCAGGGCCCAGCAAGGCAGCAGAGCAACUACCUCCAAAUCAGAGAGGGAGGGGGAGAGAGGGGGAGGGGGAGAGAUUUAUAACCCUAAAUUGCUUUGGCUGCUUUUGUUCCCCCAUCCUUAUCUCAAAUACAAGUUCUAUAAGUUGUGAUGGCAGCUCUUUCAAAACAAAACAUCAC